AUGAGCCAUCCUGACUACAAGCUGAACCCGCAGUCCCUGGGGACGCCCAGAGGUGUGUCCUCUGUGUCUGGCCCACAUGGUGUUGGUGCUUCUCCAGGUGACAGAAAGUCAAAGAACAAGGCCAAGCGAGGGAAGAAAAGGAGCAUAUUUGAAACCUACAUGUCCAAGGAGGAUGUCUCAGAAGGCCUGAAGAGAGGGACACUUAUCCAGGGUGUAUUGAGAAUUAAUCCAAAGAAGUUUCAUGAAGCCUUCAUUCCUUCCCCGGAUGGUGAUCGAGACAUUUUUAUUGAUGGUGUUGUGGCUCGUAAUCGAGCCUUGAACGGGGAUGUGGUGGUGGUGAAGGUGCUGCCCGAGGAGCAGUGGAAGGUAAUGGAGCCGGAGAGCAGUGACCGAGAGGUAGACGCUGCCAGGGAGUCAGAUAUCCCCGAGGAGCUCUGUGGACGCCACCGCCCGCCCCAGCCCCUGAAGGGCUACGAUGACAGUCCUGAUGUCAUUAUUGAGGCCCAGUUUGAUGGCAGUGAUGCAGAAGAUGGACUUGACAGCACGCAAAAUGUGCUCGUUGAUGGCGUUCAGAGACUCUCAGUGUGUGUUUCUGCAAAAGGAAGAGAGUGUGCGGGGACACGAGAUACAAAAGACGAGAACACCUUCCCUUCACAAGACACCAGAGCUUCCCCAGAGAAGACACUGCAAAAAUCAGCAAAGGUGGUUUACAUCUUGGAGAGAAAACACUCCCGAGCGGCCACGGGCCUCCUCAAGCUCCUGGCUGACAAGAACAGUGAGCUCUUUAGGAAGUAUGCCCUGUUUUCCCCUUCUGACCACCGAGUGCCUAGGAUGUAUGUGCCUCUCAAGGACUGCCCCCAGGACUUUGUGACCCGGCCCAAAGACUACACCAACACUCUGUUCAUCUGCCGCAUUGUGGACUGGAAGGAGGACAGCAAUUUUGCCUUGGGGCAGCUGGCUAAGAGCCUUGGACAGGCUGGUGAAAUUGAGCCUGAGACAGAAGGAAUUCUCACUGAGUAUGGAGUGGAUUUCUCUGAUUUCUCUUCACAAGUGCUAGAAUGUCUCCCUCAGAACCUGCCGUGGACAAUUCCACAAGAGGAAUUCAGCAAGAGAAGAGAUUUAAGAAAGGCCUGUGUCUUCACCAUCGACCCGUCCACUGCGCGAGACCUCGAUGACGCCCUCUCCUGCAAGCCGCUUACUGAUGGCAACUUUGAAGUGGGCGUCCACAUCGCUGACGUGAGUUACUUCGUUCCCGAGGGAUCGGAUCUGGACAGAGUCGCUACUGAGAGAGCCACCAGCGUCUACCUGGUGCAGAAGGUGGUGCCCAUGCUCCCCAGGCUGUUGUGUGAGGAGCUGUGCAGCCUCAAUCCCAUGACUGACAAGCUGACCUUCUCCGUGAUCUGGACACUGACUCCAAAGGGCAAGAUCCUUGAUGAGUGGUUUGGCCGGACCAUCAUCCGCUCCUGCACCAAACUGAGCUAUGAGCAUGCCCAGAGCAUGAUUGAAAGCCCCGCUCAACCAGUCCCUGAGAAGGCACUGCCCCCAAUCUCCCCGGAGCACAGCAGCCAGGAAGUACAUGAGGCUGUCUUAAAUCUGCAUGGAAUCGCAAAGGAGCUACGCAGGCAGCGGUUUGUGGAUGGUGCACUUCGUCUGGAUCAGCUAAAGCUUGCUUUCACUCUGGACCACGAGACUGGGUUACCUCAAGGAUGUCAUGUCUACGAGUACCGAGACAGCAACAAGCUCGUGGAGGAGCUCAUGGUCCUGGCCAACGCGGCGGUGGCCCACAAGAUCUACCGCACCUUCCCCGAGCGGGCCCUGCUGCGCCGGCACCCCCCGCCCCAGACAAAGAUGCUCAGUGACCUGGAGGAAUUCUGCGAGCAGAUGGGGCUGCCUGUGGACUUCAGCUCCGCAGGGGCCCUCAACAGAAGUCUGACAGACAUGUUUGGAGAUGACAAGUACUCUGUGGCCCGGAAGGAGGUGCUCACCAACAUGUGUUCCCGGCCCAUGCAGAUGGCGCUGUACUUCUGCUCGGGGGUGCUACAGGACCGCGCCCAGUUCUGGCACUACGCCCUCAAUAUGCCACUCUACACACACUUCACGUCCCCCAUCCGCCGUUUCCCCGACAUCCUGGUACACCGCCUCAUGGCUGCCGCACUCGGCUACAGGGCGCUGCCAGACCUGGAGCCCGACGUCCUGCAGAAGCAGGCCGACCACUGCAAUGACCGCCGCAUGGUGUCCAAGCGCGUGCAGGAGCUCAGCACCGGCCUCUUCUUCGCCAUCCUGGUCAAGGAGAGUGGCCCCCUGGAGUCAGAAGCCAUGGUGAUGGGUGUCCUGAACCAAGCUUUCGAUGUGCUAGUGCUGCGCUACGGGGUGCAGAAGCGCAUCUACUGCAACGCACUGCCCCUGCGGAGCCAUCACUUCCAGAAGGUGGGCAAGAAGCCAGAGCUCACGCUCGUCUGGGAGCCCCAGGACGUGGAACAGGAGCCAGUGCGCCAGGUCAUCACCAUCUUCAGCCUGGUGGAGGUGGUGCUGCAGGCCGAGGCCGCUGCCCUCAAAUAUAGUGCCAUCCUGAAGCGGCCGAGCUCCGAGAGCGCCCCAGGCCUGUGGGAGGAGGAGGAGUCCGACAGCGACCCGGAGGCCUGA